AUGGAAGGCUUCGUGUGCACGCGGCCCCUCCGCUACCCCGUGUUGAAUGUGCGCAUGGCCGGAGCUGACAGUUCGCUCCAAACCCAGCAGCCAGCACAGUGCAUCACGGGCACUCCGUGCACGAUCAUUGCCAGAGACGUGCUCCUGGCCCAUGCCUACGAUGAGCCUGUGGGGAAGCCGUCACCGUCGGUGGAAUCGCCUCCAUUGUCUGGACUUCCUCAGUGUGUCAAAGUUGUGGAAGUUGGUCCUCGGGAUGGGCUGCAGAAUGAGAAGAUUAUAGUUCCUACAGAUAUAAAAAUCGAAUUCAUCAAUCAGCUUUCCCAGAGUGGCUUGCCUGCGAUAGAAGUGACCAGCUUUGUGUCCUCAAGAUGGGUGCCACAGAUGGCCGACCACACCGAGGUCAUGAAAGGCAUUCGUCGGCUCCCCGGCGUGCGCUACCCCGUGCUUACCCCGAAUCUCCAGGGUUUUCACCGGGCUGUUGCUGCCGGGGCCACAGAGGUCUCCGUGUUUGGUGCUGCUUCGGAGACUUUUAGCCAGAAGAACAUCAACUGCUCCAUUGAGGAAAGCCUGGGGAGGUUUGAGGAGGUGGUGAGGGCAGCACAGAGGCUGAGCAUCCCUGUGCGAGGGUAUGUGUCUUGUGCCCUGGGCUGUCCUUACGAAGGAAGCGUCCUGCCACAGAAAGUGACCGAAGUAUCGAAGAGGCUGUACGCCAUGGGCUGCUACCAGAUCUCUCUGGGAGACACGACAGGGGUGGGGACCCCGGGGAGCAUGCGGCGGAUGCUGGAGAGCAUCGAGAAGGAGAUCCCGCCCGGGGCGCUCGCCGUCCACUGCCACGACACCUAUGGACAGGCGCUGGCCAACAUCCUCACCGCCCUGCAGAUGGGCGUGAGCGUGGUGGACGCGGCCGUGUCCGGGCUGGGCGGCUGUCCCUACGCGCCGGGGGCCUCCAGCAACGUGGCCACCGAGGACCUGCUCUACAUGCUGGAGGGCCUGGGGCUGCACACGGGAGUGGAUCUGCACAAGGUGAUGCAAGCUGGGGACUUCAUCUGUAAAGCUCUGAACAAAACCACAAACUCCAAAGUGGCGCGCGCCGCCUUCCAGCCCUGACCAGAGCGGGUC